CUCUCUCUCUCUCUCUAUUCUUGAAUGCAACGAACCAAGAAACACCUCCCUUCGCCCCUUUUUCGGCUGCAUGCAUUUACUAACUUUGACUUCUUGAACAGUCUAUCUACUCAUUUCCGCCGUUGCAGAACAGAAAUCGAAUCGUCUAUCUGAAGCUCUCCGGGGAGAAGCAAGAAGCAGAGGGAGGCACCAUUUUCGCUGAUAGUUAAACCCUCCGAGACUGUUCAGUUGCAGAGACAUUACUCAUGGCAAAGGAACAACUGCAAGUCCUAAACGCUCUCGAUGUGGCCAAGACGCAGUGGUACCAUUUCACAGCGAUUGUGAUCGCCGGCAUGGGAUUCUUUACCGAUGCGUACGACCUCUUCUGCAUCUCCCUCGUCACCAAACUGCUUGGCCGCAUCUACUACACGGCGCCGGGCUCGGCCACCCCAGGAAGUCUCCCCUCAAACGUGUCCGCCGCGGUCAAUGGCGUCGCCUUCUGUGGCACCCUCGCUGGCCAGCUCUUCUUCGGCUGGCUCGGCGACAAGAUGGGCCGGAAGCGAGUCUAUGGCAUGACCCUCAUGGUCAUGGUCCUAUGCUCUGUCACCUCGGGUCUCUCCUUCGGCCACGAACCGAGAGGGGUCAUGGCCACUCUGUGCUUCUUCAGGUUUUGGCUCGGGUUCGGAAUCGGCGGGGACUACCCUCUCUCGGCCACAAUCAUGUCUGAGUAUGCCAACAAGAAGACUCGGGGUGCAUUCAUCGCUGCGGUCUUCGCGAUGCAGGGUUUUGGGAUUCUGGCAGGUGGGAUGGUCGCCAUCAUAGUCUCCGCGACUUUCAAUUCGAAAUACCCUGCUCCGGCGUACGAAGCUGACCCAGCACACUCCACCGUGCCUGAGGCUGACUACGUGUGGCGGAUCAUCCUGAUGUUCGGUGCCCUCCCUGCUCUGCUCACUUACUACUGGCGCAUGAAGAUGCCCGAGACAGCCCGCUACACGGCCCUGGUCGCCAAGAAUGCCAAGAAGGCCGCGGCCGACAUGUCGAAAGUCCUCCAGGUCGACCUUGAGGUGGAGCAAGAGAAGGUGGAACGCCUGGCCCAGAAGCAGAGGAACGAGUUCGGCCUCUUCUCAAGGCAGUUCCUCCGCCGCCAUGGCCUCCACUUGCUUGGGACGACAACCACGUGGUUCUUGCUCGACAUCGCCUUCUACAGUCAAAACCUAUUCCAAAAGGACAUCUUCACCGCCAUCGGGUGGAUCCCCAAGGCAAAGACCAUGAACGCCGUUGAGGAGGUAUUCCGAAUCGGCCGGGCGCAAACCUUGAUUGCCAUGUGCAGCACGGUCCCAGGGUACUGGUUCACCGUGGCUUUGAUCGACCGGAUGGGUCGGUUCGCGAUCCAGCUGAUGGGCUUCUUCUUCAUGACAGUGUUCAUGUUUGCCCUCGCGAUCCCGUACCACCACUGGACGCUGCCCGACAACCGGAUCGGGUUCGUGGUCAUGUACUCGCUCACCUUCUUCUUCGCCAACUUCGGGCCAAACGCGACCACGUUCGUGGUGCCCGCGGAGAUAUUCCCGGCGAGGCUCCGGUCGACGUGCCACGGGAUAUCCGCGGCGGCCGGGAAGGCCGGGGCGAUGGUGGGGGCCUUCGGGUUCCUGUACGCGGCGAACGGGAUCGGCGUGAGGAAGACACUGAUCAUAUUAGGGUUCGUCAACUUCUUGGGCAUGCUGUUCACCUUGCUAGUGCCCGAGUCCAAGGGUCGUUCGCUUGAGGAAAUGUCCGGUGAGCAUGUGGAAGAAAAUGAAAUCGAGUCGAGGCAUCGAGAUGGUGGAGAAAAUUAGAACAGCGCUUCGGUUAAACCAACCAAUUAGGUCUCUACUUUGAUAUAAGCUGAAAAGCUAUGUGCUUUAUAAAGGAAGUUGCAUGAUAGUCGAUGUAAUUUUAUGAGAUUAUGAUGAGGAAGUAAUGUGUAAUGUAGAUUUUUGGUAAGUGUUUUAUUACAUGUGCUCCUUAAAAAAAAUAUUUGGGAAAUGUUAUUUUGUAACUGGGUA